AUGAAGAUCAUCUGGGAGAGUGGAGACUGGCCGGGCGCACGGAUCGAGCCGGCAGUCACCCACCUGGCCUGGGUCCCGCAAGCGGACCGGCCCGGACACGGGCUACUCGGUGUCGGCUCCGACUCGGGCUCCGUUGGCAUCACAAUCACUGAUCUUCAUCCUACUGAUGACGAUAAUAGCCGCUACAAUUUCAACCUCAGGGGCCAUCACUCGGCCAUCUGCAUGGUGACGUGGAACCGCGUGCAGACAAAACUGGCCUCAUGCGACUCGUCUGGUGUGAUCUACGUGUGGGUGCGCAACGACGACCGCUGGUCCGUCGAGCUGGUGAACGACCGCGGCGUCAAGGUGCGCGACCUCAGCUGGAGUCCGUGCGGAUCGUCGGCACUCAUCUGCUACGAAGACAACUUCGUGCUGAUCGGGUCUUCGACUGGCCAACGCGUUUGGAGCAAUUCGUUCCCAACAGCGGUUACCGUCACUGCCGGCAUAUGGACUCCCGAUUCCCGACAGCUCGUGCUUGGCUUCACUUCGGGCAGCAUCCAAGUACUGUCCGAUCAAGGAGCGAACAUUACUGAACGUUCGUUUACCUCUGAUCCCAUCGUGAAGUUAGCAGGCUCUCCAACGAAUGCGAAGGACGAUCGGUGGAUUCUGGCGAUUUUGACCAGUGCGAACAAGAUUCUAAUGAUAAGCGGUUUCGAUCAAAUAGAUCCUCUGGUGUACGAGUCGCCACAUUCCGUUACACAGAUGCAGUGGAAUUCAGAUGGUUCAAUUCUCGCCGCUAUCAAUUCUAACCAUGAGCUGUUGAUGUUAGAUCGAGAAGCUAGAGUCAUACACAAGGAGACGUUGUCGUUGCCCAGAGAGAAAUCGCUCUCAGCGCUUACUUGGGCCCACGAAGGCCAAGCGAUCAUUGUCGCGGCUGGCGGUCAUCUAGCCAUUGGCCGGCUUCUGCUUGAUGUCCCCCCGUUAUUCGAUCUAGUCACUUAUGAACUGUGGCGAUAUCUCGGGUCACAGUCGAGGAAGGUUGACUCGUUGCCAAUUCCUCUGAAGGAGAAGAAUGCACUCAAAGUCCUCGAUCAUCACAUUAUUCGGUGUCGGAUACCACGAGUCGAUGAUCUGUGCUCUUUCGUGUGCAGUGCUAGUGAAGCAAGGUGCUACUGCACGAUCAAGCCGCUGUCUAGGGGAAGUCACUCCUAUGUCCUGUGCAUGGAGCAUCUUGGAGGACUAGUACCACUUCUUGUAGGACGGCAGGUGAACCGAUUUUUGCCACAGUUUCACAUCUCUUUGCAUCCUGCUGAUCGUCAAGUGUUUUCUACUGGAUCCUCUGCCCAAGUUGAAGACCUUUCGAUAAUUCCAAGACCAUCUAAUGGACGAAAUUCAUUAUGGAGAAGGAGCAAGAGACAGCUGCGAGCACUUAUGUCAAGGCAUGUUCGACCGCCACGACCUGAUCUUCGACUUGUGCAGGUGUCAUCGAAUGUUUGGUGCACGCGAUUCAACAUAACAUCAAUGUCGCCUAAGCAUUUGCCGGAGUUCCUUGGACAGGUUGUUUACAAAACAUCAGUUUUACAUUUACAACCUCGCCAAAUGACUAUCGACAUGGCAAUGCUCGGAGGAAUUCGAGAUCGGCCAUAUGGUGUUGAUGACGUUGAUCCACUAAUACCCACCGCAGCAUCAUUGGCUACAUCUCUGGCUUCUUCCACUGCUGUUACUUCAGUGGCGAGAGCUGGUCAGCAGCGCGACAGUGAUGAUAUCAAGGCGCACCUUGAUAAAUUAGCGCGAAUAGCCGGUCAACUUAGUCAUCGUCAUGCAGACUUCAAUCCGAAGAAAGACAGGGCUUCUAUAAAUAAGAUGCGUGCUCAAAUGAAAGAACUGUUACGAAGAGUUAAUGAGAUUGAGAAAAAGGUUGGAAGCGGCGAUGUUCGAAGUGAAGUCCGACAAUUAGUGCGUACUUUAGAAGAGAUGAAAUGUGCACUAGGGGAGGGUUCAGUGCCGAAAUCAUCUACUGCGACUCCUAUUAUAACAAUGCACAACAAAACUCCAUUUUGGAAUGAGCACAAUCAGGUGUACCAGCUGGAUUUUGGUGGGCGUGUAACUCAAGAGUCGGCGAAGAACUUUCAGGUUGAAAUGGACGGUAAACAAGUUCUACAAUUUGGUCGAAUAGAAGGUGGCGCGUAUACACUGGACUUCCGGCGGCCGUUCGCUGCCACACAAGCGUUUGCGGUUGCACUUGCCAGUAUCACGCAAAGGUUGAAAUAG